AUGCAGAACUACGAUGUUGUGGUUGAGAGAUUCGACAAAGACCUCAAGUACAUCCUUGUCUGGACAACUAACUCAGUACAAGCUGAAAGUAUUUUACAGUACGAAGGGCAAGAAGCCUUCAUAGAGCGAGAUUGUCCUGAAAUAAACUGUUACAUUACAACAAACAAGACGAUACUAAACGAUGACUAUGUGAAUUUUGACGCCAUUGUGUUUAACAUGAGCAUAUUCUGGGAACGCGGCGUUUACACUAAACUCCCAGAUCGCAGGGCGAAACGUCAGAAAUAUGUAUUUUACGGAAUGCAACCGUCCGACAACUAUCCUAUAUGCAACCGCCGCAUUGAUAACUUCUUCAACUGGACGUGGACUUAUAAAUUUUAUUCAGAUAUCUACAGUCCUUUUAUUGAAGUGAAGAAUCUUGUUGGAAACGUUGUGGCUCCAAACAGGAAUGUGAUUUGGAAGAACGACUUGAGAACUUCGACAAAAAGCGACGUAGCCGCAGUGAUAACUAAGACAAAAGCUAUAGCUUGGGUUUUGGACAAUUGUGGUCAAAACGCGUACACUAUGUUUGCAGUGCCGAAGUUACGCAAGGCUUUAAAACAAUUCAAUUUAACACUUGAUAUGUACGGUUGUGGUAAUUUGAACUGUUCUGAGGAUGGAUGUUCGAAGACUAUCCAGAAAGAAUAUUACUUUUAUUUGGCCUAUGAAGGGAGUAUGACUGAGGAUUACGUGACGGCUGAAGUGUUGAAGGCUUAUUAUAAUGAGGCUGUGCCUAUUGUCGUUGGAGGUGCUGACUAUUCCAGAUUUCUUCCAGAGAAUUCCUAUAUCAAUUAUCAGUUUUACACAGAAGAUAAGCUGGCUGCGUACCUGCACUAUGCUAUCACAAACCCAGCAGUUUAUAAUGCCUUCUUCAACUGGAAGAAAUACUAUACCAUUGUCAAAGCUGACGAAUUCAAAGGCUAUUGCGAUCUUUGCAAAUUACUAAAUGACAAGAAAAAAUUCACCACUUUCAGUACAUAUGAAAAUUUCAGGUCUUGGUGGUACUAUGGGUCUCUGAAAGACAAAUGCUUACCAAGAGGGUCUACGAAUGUUUCAGAAAUCACAGGGCAGUACCAACGCACUGUCAACUCCUCAGCCAAGAUUUUCGUGCCUCAAAGAGCCUUUAAACCCCUACGAGUGGGGCCCAACAAGGCUGACGGUCAGCCAGGAUUGCGCAACAAGCGCAAUAAGGUACCACGACGUCGCGGCCCGGAGCAGGAGAAGGAACUGGCUGGUUUUACAGUCGGCAAAGGAGCAGACGGAUUACCUGAUGGUAAGCAAUCAGCGCCGCCCAUGGACACCCGCAACAGGAGAAAUGAAUGCGUUGCCGACCUUUUGAGUGGGUUUAGGGAUUUGGGGGGAGGGAGACGAUUGGGCCUCCGGUCGGCAAACGAGCUGACGGAUUACCUGAUGGUGAGCAAUCAGCGCCGCCCAUGGACACCCGCAGCGGAGGAGUUACGAGUGCGUUGCCGACCUUUUAGGGAUUAG